CAGCCUUCUUGUGCGACUAUCGUCUCUUGGCGGGAGGAAUUUUCCACACAGCUGUUGCGUCAUGUUCUGUGGUCGUGGAACUGUUGGACAUUUCGACAAGACAGGUUGCCUCCUGUUCUUCGGCAGCUUACAUAUCGAUGUGUCACAAAACUCUGGGUUCCUUGUGGUGUUCGCCGACGAAGCUUUGAGGGUAUGUUGUGCGGACAGUUUUGAGAUGGCUGCCCCGGAGAAAGAAGUAACACGAUUCGCCUCUGAAAACGUCGAGGGCGCAGGACAGGAUUUCUAAAUCGGUCAUCCACCCCUUCUGGCCGUAGACCGAUUGCUGUUCGUCGACGCCCGGGUUCAGCACACGGUACUCCUGCUUCUCGCCGUGAUCCUGUGCGUCUUCGCGACCGUCGUGAUGUUCAAGGCACUCUCUCGCAAGAAGCGGAAAGGCGAGCUCUGCCUGGACCACUCGCACGACGUCUCGGACAUGCGUGGCAAGACUGUUGUCGUCACUGGAGGCAAUGCCGGCAUCGGCUUCGAGACGGCGCUCGAGCUGUCUCGGCUCGGCGCCCGCGUGAUCGUGGCGGCUCGGUGUCCGAGCAAGGGCCACGCCGCCUGCGAGGCCAUCCGCCGCCUCACCGGAAACGACCGGGUCGAGUUCGCGCUGCUCGACGUCGGGUCGCUGGCCUCGGUGCGCGGCUUCGCGAAGAGGCUGCUGGCCUCCGAACGGCGCCUCGACGUGCUCGUCAACAACGCCGGCAUCACAGCACCCCGGGAGAAACGGUUGACACGUGAAGGCAUAGAGAUUACCUUGGCCACCAAUUACCUCGGGCCCUUCCUGCUCACCAAUCUACUGCUGGACCUUUUGAAACGCAGCGGACCAAGUCGAGUGGUGAACGUGACGUCGUCGCUCUACCGCUUGGGCCGCAUACCGUGGGAGCAGCUGGAGGCUCCCGGAGGUGGCGGCGCUAGCAUCGAGUACCCCGGCGUCGAAUCAACGUACGCCAGUAGCAAACUCUUGCUCAACUUGUUCAGCGUCCAGCUGGCACGCCAACUCCAAGGAACCGAGGUGACGUGCAACGCGGUCCAUCCGGGUGUAGUGGCGACUACCAUCAACCAGAAAGAACCGGGUGUGCGCCAUUUUCUCUGGAACUCGUUCCUCCACACGUUCGGAACGAGCCCUCGCAAGGGAGCGCGGGGUUCGGUCUACCUCGCGUCCUCGCCAGGCCUGCGUGACGUCACCGGAAAGUACUUCGUAUCCUGUCGGGAAUCGUCCUGGUCCCGCAAGGUCCUCGACGAGGAGACGGCGUACGAAGUUUGGUGUCGCAGCGCGGAGCUCGUUCGAGCUGUCUUAGCAGACGCCGACUCUGCCAGGUUUCCUGUUGGGAUGGUGGCGCAGGAGGCAGCCAGUUUUGCAGGUUCGACACAAUGCGGCUACUCGACGAUCCUUCAACAAAGCGCGGCAGUUUAGACAACGUGAAAAAAAAAAUGUUUAAGAUAAUGUAGGUAUAGAGGAGCCUCCAUGCAAAAAUUUCCUUUUGAAAUCCAAUUGGAAGCACCACAAUAAGUUCGCAAAAAUAGCUCUUUUUGAUAUCGAAACUAAAGAAAAAAACGCCGCCAUUACCCGUCGCCGGAAUUGACGCAUGGGAUAUAGCAUGCGGCUCCUCGGCAUGACAUGGUACACAACGUAGCCUUUCAAUGGCUUCCAGGACGUUGCAGCAUCAGCGGGAAUGACCACGCCGACGAAGCCGCCCGAUCUGCACAUGAAAGUGGUCAAUGUGUUUUGAUUUCGCUUUCGCGAACAGACGCUGCUGCUGGGCUGCGAUUGCUGUCUCCUGAAUGUACUUUGCCCCUAUGGGACUCGAAAGUUUUCACCAUGCGCCGCUUGCGUUCGUUGUCUCCGGAUAUACAUAUGCAUCUACCGCCUGGGUCACCACGACGUGAACAGACCAUACUGUACUGUCUGUGGCUAGGCGUAUGCCAAAGAUUGAUGGUGAGCUAGUCGCACUCUCCGAACAGGAGGGGAUGGGACGACAACAAACCCACCCCGCGUGCGUUUAUUGAGGGUUCGACUGCUGACCUGCGAUAAGGUCCACGCCUGAUCGACCGUGAACCAGAGGGAUGAGACGGGAGGCGACGUCGUACAACACACACACUCAAUUUAAUACAAUAAAAUCAUGCGCGAGACAUACUCGAAAAAAGGACAUACAAAUCGCCAGCAGUGGGGCCUAGUUCGCGGAAGGCGUGCGGGUCACACAACACACGCCCUGACGCCGCUCGCGCGACACUAAGCCCACCACGUGGGGAAUCCUACACUCGCGAAAUAUUAAACAAAAUACGCGACAAAAAUGAAAAAUACACGUGGCAAUAGACACGGCAACCACUACACUAACACAGAACAUAUAAGAAACAACACUCGAUGGAUAAACAAAUGAAAGAUUAAAUGCGAUUAGAAAAGAGAGUCCGGCGGAAAGUUCUGAGAGCGGCCUGGAACACAAGGCUUAUCUGGGGCGUGCUUGCCGAGAUCCCGAUCUGAAGAGCGUCGGGCUGCUGCUACCUCGCUGCCGAAGAUCCUGACGGACUUGCACCGUCUGUCGCUCGACCGGCGAAGACUUCGGCCUGGAGAUCUCAGCCUGCCGACCACAUCUUCAGCUGUCUCCCGGUGCACGACCCCGCUCCUUCGUCCUCCAAGCUGCUCUGCCGCUCGCCGAGCCGCCUCGUCCCUCCGUCGCGCUCAGGCGACCCACGUGGUCAACCCGUCGGGCGGGUUCGGGGACAAUGGGGAGCGCUCUCCCUCAUCGCCGUGCAAGCAGCGCUGCGGCUGCGGAGGCAAUGUCGGCCCACUCGAGAGGGGCGCGGGCAUGCACUCUGUGACAGCGUAGCAUUGACAAUUUCUUAUGCUUUUCUUUUUGGAAUGGCCAACAGCCCCAAGUGCGACACAUGCAGCAGCGAUGGAACUCUCACACACAUUAUCUGUGUCUGCCCGCGAUAAAGUGCCCAGAGAAAAGUGAUGUGCAGAGUGCUGAACCAAUUGGACAAUCGUCCACUACCAGAACUAAAAGCUCAACGCCAUUGCUUCCAAAAAACAGACUUUAAGGACGCCGCCCCCUACCGCUCUACAACGUACACGGUUUGUUUGUGCUCGCCCCUCUCUCUCUCCAUUCCGCUCUGUUUGCUUUUAUCCCCCUUCUCUUUCCCCUCAGGGUUGCCAACUCGAAUUACCUCUGGUUAACUUCCCUGCGUUUCUAUGCAACUUUUCUCUCUCCUAGGCAUGACCUCCGAGACAAGGUGGCGACCGCGGCCAUCUGGGAAGCCCUGAGAUCUCGGACGCAGCGUGCUAGGACUUGCGUCAUAGCGACAACCACUAGGUGCACUCGUCAUCUGCUUAGGUGCUGUUUAAAGGCUGCUAACAAGAAAACUAUGCAGUUACCAGCCCUGCGGCUUUGCCAAGAUUGAUUCAGUGGCUUAUAAACUACUAUUUUAUAACAAAUUUAGCCAAAGUGAAAUUUAGUCGCAGUUGGUCUUUAAGUCACUUGUACUGUAGUAUAUGUA